AUGUCGUCGGACUCCACCCCACCGGCGCUGGAUGGGCUCACCCUGAGCGACCCCGUUAAGGAAUCGGAGUUCUCCCAGCGUGUCCCAAUCCAAUCCAUUUUGAGCAGACCCGACAAGGGCGCCGGGUUGGCCGGUCAGAAGGUCCGGAUCGGCGGUUGGGUGAAGACAGGGCGCGAGGCGGACAAGGGCAGGUUCGCAUUUCUCGAGGUCAACGACGGGUCGUGCCCGGGGAACCUGCAGGUGAUUGUCAAAUCCGAAGUCUACAGGCUGAGCGACGUUGUUGCCACUGGAACCUGCGUGCACGUCGAGGGCCUGCUUAAAUCGCCUCCGGAGGGGGUCAAGCAGAGGAUCGAGCUCGAGGUGGAGAGGGUCAUUGAUGUCGGUACUGUGGAUGCGGCCAAGUACCCGUUGCCCAAGACGAAAUUGACGCUCGAGUUUCUCAGGGAUGUCGUGCACCUUCGCCCCAGAACCAACACUAUUUCUGCAGUUGCUAGAAUCCGUAAUGCUUUGGCAUAUGCAACUCACACGUUCUUCCAAAAGCAUGGUUUCCUUUAUGUCCAUACUCCAAUUAUUACAACAAGUGAUUGUGAGGGUGCUGGUGAGAUGUUUCAAGUCACAACCAUAAUUAAUGAAGCAGAGAAGUUAGAGAAGGAUCUCAAAGAGAAUCCUCCUCCCUCUGAAAAUGACAUAGAGGCUGCAGAGCUUGUUGUCAAGGAGAAAGGAGAAAGAGUAGCCCAGCUAAAAUCUGCUAAGGCAAGCAAACAAGAGAUUGUUGCUGCUGUUUCUGAACUUACUAAGGCCAAAGAGAACCUCGCGAUGCUAGAUGGGAGGCGUAAGCUGGCUGAGAGAUUUGAAUGCGGUGGUGGUCUUCCCAAGAAAGAUGGGAAAAUUGAUUAUGCAGAAGACUUUUUCGCUAGGCAAGCAUUUCUGACUGUAUCAGGGCAGUUGCAGGUUGAAACAUAUGCGUGUGCUCUCAGUAGUGUGUAUACCUUUGGGCCAACAUUUCGAGCAGAAAAUUCCCACACUUCGAGACAUCUUGCUGAAUUUUGGAUGGUUGAGCCUGAAUUAGCUUUUGCUGAUAUACAGGACGAUAUGAAUUGUGCUGAGGCAUUCGUGAGAUUCCUCUGUCAGUGGUUACUUGACCAUUGCUAUGAUGAUAUGGAGUUCAUGACCAAAUUCAUUGACAAAACUGCCCUCCAAAGACUUGAAAUGGUUGCAAAAUCCAAGUUCCACAGAAUAACUUACACCGAGGCAGUUGCCAUUCUUGAGGAAGCAGCUAAGGUCAGGAAAUUUGAAAACAAAGUGGAAUGGGGGAUUGAUUUGGCUUCUGAACAUGAAAGAUACUUGACUGAAGAGAGAUUCAAGGCACCUGUUAUUGUCUAUAACUAUCCAAAAGCAAUUAAAGCCUUCUAUAUGAAAGUCAAUGAAGAUAACAAAACUGUUGCUGCUAUGGAUGUGCUUGUACCUAAGGUGGGAGAACUUAUAGGUGGGAGCCAAAGAGAGGAGAAUUAUGAGGUUCUGAAGCAAAGGAUAUUGGAGAUGGGGCUUCCUAUUGAGCCAUAUCAGUGGUAUCUUGACCUCCGAAGUUAUGGAACAGUGAAACACAGUGGUUUUGGCCUUGGGUUUGAGCGUAUGAUCCUCUUUGCAACGGGUAUCGAUAACAUUAGGGACGUCAUUCCUUUCCCCAGAUACCCUGGGAGAGCAGAUCUCUGA